AGCGCCGGGCCGCAGCCUCGCGCCGCCCGCUGCCCUCAGGCUCCGUCCCGGCCCGCCGGGCCCCGCUCCCGCCAUGCGCCACAGCCUCACGCAGCUGCUGGCGGCCUCGGCCGGCGGGGACAGCCCCUCGGGCGCCGUCCGGCCGCUGGCCGGAGCGGGGCAGGCCCCGAGAGGGCGGGAUGGCGGCGGGGAAGGGGACCCAGGCCCCGCGCGGCCCAAACCGCAGCAGAAGGAGGCCGAGGCGCCCGGCGGCCCGCUGGAGAUGUGGGAGCAAGAGGACUGGUUCCCGGGGCUAGAGCUGGGAGACCUGCUGGAGGCGGCCCGGCCGGACUGGGACCUGGACGCGGAGCUGAGCGACUGCUUCUGUGGGGAGGCGGCGCCCGGGCGAAGGAGCGGCGGGGCCGGGAGCCGGCUGAAGGCGGCGGCGGCGGCGCGGUUGAACCGGCUGAAGAAGAAGCAGUAUGUGCUGGGGCUGGAGAGCCGCCUGCAGGGCCUGGCUGCCGAGAACCGGCAGCUGCGGGACCGCAACCGCGGCCUGAGCCGCCGCCUGCGAGAGCUGGAGCGAGAGAGCAGCUACCUGCGGGCUGUGCUGGCGAACCAGAGCGCGCUGGGGCAGCUGCUGAGCCGCCUGGCCGGGACCCGCGCCGGCGGGCUGCAGCUCAGCACCAGCCUCUUCAGGGACACGGGCAGCCCCCGCCGCCAGCAGCAGCACCUCCAGCCCGCCGGCGAGAGCAGCGACCACGACUACGCCCUGCCCAGCUCCCGGCCCCGCGGGCUGGAGGAGGCGGCGGCGGUGACUGAGACGGAGGAGGAGUGGGCGGCCCCCGGCGGGAUCUGCCUGCACGUGGACCGGGAUCAGGUGUCGGUGGAGUUCUGCUCCAUCUGUGCUCGGCGGGCAGCGGCCUCCUUCAAAAUUUUCUCUUUUAGGUGGUUGCCCUGCCAGGCUCCGUUGUGUAGGGGUUAAAGAACAGUCGUUUUCCACCUCGCAACCUGGUAAGGAUCAAUAUAUUCCCAUAAUGUGGUAUCAGACAGCUUGCUUUGCUUAUCCCAGUCUCUUGUAAUGACUGGUUCAGAAAAUUAUUUCUCUGGUCCUUGGCCUACUCUGCCAAAAUGUUUCUAGUUCUGGAUGACAAUUUAUAGUAAAGGUUACAAUCACAUCAGUCUCAUUAGCUGUUUUCCUGUUUUCGUUUCUGAAACAACUACAUUGGCUACAUAGUAGCCAAUAUAGGAGCUACAUUUUGAAUUUUAAAAAACUGCAUUUGAAAUGGAAAUUUCCUAUUAAACCAAGUAUGUGAUGAGUGGAAAAAGAAAAACAUGCUAAUAAGGGGGAUGUGACAUUUACAGUCUUUUAUUACAGGGGACUGUCCCAAAAGUCUAAGUAAAUUGCUUUUUGAAUGAAAAAAAGAAAAGGAAAUUGUGACCUGUUGGUUUAAAAUGCUGUCUAGUGUUAGGGAUGUACAGAACCAUUCAAAAGCCCCUCUCUAGCUUGAUCUAAUUCACAGUUCAGAGUUUUACCUGAUGAAACAGCCUGAGCACUGGUUAAAUCACUGCAGAGGAAUCCUCGCAUAGAGGAGUUACUCUUGCAUGGCCUCUAAGGAGAAUUAGGUUUGAAGAAUCAGUGCAUCGAAGUAACUUACUACUUUACCUUCCCAUAAGUAAAUCCCUGUGCCCGUGCCCAUGCACACUGAAAUUCCUAUGUUACUUCAGAGUAGCUUUAAAUUUUAAAAAUAUUGCAUGUAUAUGCAUGUGCUUAACUCUACUGUAGAGUUCUUAAUUCAGCCUCUUACAGUAUCCAGAAAUCCAUAACCUGAUAUAAUUAAGCACAGCUUGGAGAUGAGCGAAUAUGUGUCUUGAGGCUAAUGAUAUGAAAAAUGCUCCAUAACUGCUCCUGAGAUAGGAGGAAAAAUAGUUUGACAAAAAAAUAGUGUGUGUUUUCUUGUAGUAGUCAGUGUUUCUCCCUAUUACAAAAGAUGGGUUCUUUUUUCAGUUGUAUUAUAAUGUUUAGGUUGUUUAAAUGUAUGUCAGUUGGGGGAAGAAGGAUUGUGAAAAUGAUAAUAUGUAAAGUGAGGUUUCACAAAGAAUACUUUUCUAAAACAGAUUAAUUUAUAAAUUUCUUUUUUUUAAAAAUUAUGCUCUUUAGUGUUUCUGAAAGCCUUAAAUUUUGUGUUUAAGGCUAAGUAGGUGAAAGCAUUUUCUCCCAGUGAUUUGCUUUAUUGGUGCUAGACCCUGUCACGUGUUCAUCAGUAGAAAAGGAGAUUGAUUUUUCUUUGUGAAACAUCACUGUGUGAUAAAGUAUUUGUGUAUUUAGCAUCCUUGUUUUUCUUUAUGCUAAAGUGGAUUCAGCUGUGUUGGGGCAGAAGAGACGGGACCAGCUGCUGGCCACAUUUCCUGCUUUAUUUUAAAAGGUAGUAUAAGAAAUGAGAAUAAAGAGGUAACAGGGCUUUUGCUGUCUUUGAUUAAAAAAAAAGAAUUUGAAUGCUGGGAUUAUUUACUGUCAUCCAAGAUGAUUUUUUUAAAAGGCAAUAGUCUAUCAAACAGGUUUUACUCCACUGUAUGCCAAAUUCCAUCUGUUCAGGGGAUAUUGCCAGCGCAAAAGAGACUUAGUGGGAUAUGUGUGACCUUACACCUCUGUGGUGGCAUCAACAGGGCUGUUCAGAGUUUCAGUCUUAACUUGGGUAACUCUGCUGUAACUGAUGGGUUAUACCAGUGCACAGGAGUCAGAGUUAACCACCAGGACCUGCACUGACUGAUAUGCAAAAUGGAAAUAAUUUAGGUUCAACCUAAUCUCAACCUGCCUAGCUCAAACUUCAUGAAUGUGCUUCAUUUUUCAGUUUAAUGUGCUUGAGGGAAAGAGAAACACUAAUGUAGCAAGCAUGGGAUGUUCCAGUGGCAUUUUUAUGGUUACUUCAGUGUAGGAGUGUUUUUUAAGUUAAUUAAACAUGCAUUCUUUCUUGUCGCAUCACUGCUGAAUGGCAGGGUCAGGGACAGUUCUUCUGGCCUCUGCUGUGAACCUGCACAAUGCCCUGUCGUGACACGACCUGUGGCUGUGUCUGAGAGCAGCUGAUUUUCUGACAUGCAAAAUGAUGUAUUGUGCUACAAGAACAAGGUCAAGUCCCAAGAAAGUCAGUGGCUGCAGGCAUUUCUAGUGCCUACUGAAUCAUAUUUAAACCAAAUAGAAGGGAGGAAGUUAUUUGAAACUAACCAACUGUACUAUCUGUAUGGUGUAUUAUUAAUGUAGCUUUUUGAAGUGAAAGCCUUGAAAUGACAUAACUUAAUACUUGAAAAUAUAUUGUAAAUGUUUCUUUGUAAUUAUGUGCCAUUCAGAUAAGAAUACAAUAUCAUAAUAAA